AUGCCUAUCUCCAUGUAUUCAGGAUAUUCCACAAGCAACUACGCCCCUCCGAGCCCGCGAACCCAAAUGCUCGACGAGAUGGAGCGAGGGGCCAAGCGGCACUGGCGCGCCGACUGCAACAAGAUCCGCUACGCUCACGCCCAUCACUAUAUGAAAAGGUGCGCAGAGAUCGAUGACUCGGACGCCGCGGACAAAAGGUCUCUCAAGAAAGCUCAGCUCAAGCAGACCCGGCGCCAAUGCAAGCAGGAUCUUCUAGCCCACCGCGCUAAGACCUCCCAGCGGUACAACGAAGUGUUCGAGGCGGAGCCCAAGCACGCGGCGCUGAGCAAGCAUAGCUCGCGGAAACGUCAUUGGGAGAUGUACGGGAUGCUCAAGACACCCAAGCCGUAUCACCAUUGGCGAUUUAAACACAUCUACGAGAAUCAUCGGCCGAGUGGCUGGAAUGCUUCGCUGAGUGAUGAGAGUUUGCCUUGGGCCGAAGUGGAUCAGUUGGAAAGGCCCUUGACGGCGUUUAUGUACAGGCGCAUGAAGCCGCUGCCGAUUGUGUUGCAUCUAGGGGAUCGCGAGGAGGUCGUUGAUAAUGGGGCAAGUCAAGGGGGGGAUGAGACGGUAGAAGACUGA